UUCGCUGGAGGAAAAGACUGAAUUAGAGACCAGGAAGUGUUGACGCGGUUUACAUCUGUUGGUCAUUCGAAGAAACAGUUACAAACAUUUUAACUUUAAAGGAUAAAGCGUAACAUUUUUCACCCCCGUGGAGUAAAUUAAAACACCAAACUGAAAUCAUGGGGUUGGCUGAUCCAAAUAGUACGGAGCCAAGAGAAGGAGAGUCUUCACAGGAGGUGGAUCCAGUUAAAUCUCUGCAGUCUCAAGUGGAUGGGGUCAAGGAUAUUAUGACCCAGAAUGUAGAUCGGAUCCUGGCCCGUGGAGAAAGACUGGAUGAUCUGAUGGGCAAAUCUGAAGACCUGCAAGCUGGGGCCCAGAACUUCAAGCACACCUCUCAGAAGGUUGCUCGUGCCUACUGGUGGAAGAACGUGAAGCUGAUUGUGGUUAUUGUUGUGAUAGUCCUCAUCAUUGUACUGAUUGUCAUAUUCCUUGCUACUGGUGUGAUCCCGACCAGUGCACCUGCACCCAAACCUCCCACUGUGAGACCACCAUAAGAUUUCUAUCAGUUACAAACGCUCACACAUACACAUACAGAUAUAUGCAACCAUGUCCACACACCAACACAAUUCAUAACUCCAGGAAUUCACACACAUCAUACACACACAUACCUUUUAUUUGCACAUUUUGCUCAUGUACCUUCAUAUCUCAUGGUAUCACACCACCUUAUAAUGAGUAGCUUCCAUAAUGACAGCUUCGAAACCUUGAAGUGGAGGAUUUUAAAAAGUCUAUAGACACAUUGCUGUCUAUUUUCAUACUUCUCUCCUUCUGAAAGGUCAAUCUAGUGGCCACUUCAGCUGUCUUUAUGGUUCUCUAAAGCCGGAUAAAAUGCCACAACUGUAAAAGUACUUGCAAUAUUGUUCAUAAUGAAGGGACCCUUGAAAUAGUCAUAUACUGGCAUUGAUCCAGCGAAGGUAAUGGGUGAAAGUUCUAUCUAUUGAAUUAUGAAGUAUAUUUAAGACUUAUAUUAGAUUACAUAAGAUGUUACUUGUAAUUAUGGAAUACUUUUAGAUCUUCAAGUGUCUCUAUUUUGUAUUUGAUGGGUCACUGUCUUUGUGCUUUUGCCUACAAUUAUGUUAUUUGUAUAAGGUCAAACAAGAAUGUGUUCUUACAACUGUUGCAUUACCCAAACACACCAUUUCAUUGAGGAAAUUAUACAAUUGUAAGAUGUUUGGGUUAAUUUUUCUGUCAUAAAUCUUUACUGAAAAUUGGCAAUGCCCCAAACUUCAAAACAGACAGAUUUUCGUCCUAUAGAAUGAAUUAACAUUUUUUUAAUGGAACAAGAGCACCUGAACAAGGUCAUUUAGAUAGGAAUGAUGGAUAUUUUCUGUGUCCUCAUAAAUCACUGCAUUAUAUUUGACAUGUAGUGUAACACUUGCACUGUACCGCAUACAGUUAGUACUGUAAUCAGAAUUUGAGUGUACUGCAUCAAAAGUUUGGCCUUGCACUGUUGGAGCUUAAUAAAACCCAAGACGCAUAA